CCAGAGGGGCGGGGCCUUCCGCAAGCAGGAAAUGUGACGUAACAUUUGUUUUGGAAGAACGAAGCAGUGACCGAAGCGACGGAACAAUGGAGCAGAGCGUUGAGGAUUACAAGCUGAUAUUUGAGAAGGAGGGGGUGUACCUCCACACAAAUGCCAAGAGGAGUAACCAUGACACCACCAUUCCAGGGUUUAUCCGCAUUGUGGAGCGGGCUGGGGUGCCAGCUCUGGAGUGGAGCCCACUGGAGGAUGAGGGUCGCAGUGCCCCUGCUGUACUCUACUCCAAAAAGGAUGGUGAAGGAGGGGAGGAGGAUACAAACUUUGACCCUGGUUAUGAGCCAGACUGGGCAGUUAUCAGCACCGUGAAGAAAGACCGAGAACAUGUUCCAGUCAAAGAGUCAGGUCAGUGGUCGUUCUCUCUGCCCCUCUCAGAGCUGUACUCUCUUCGGAGGGCCCGGUUCUCUUUGGGUCGAAACUUUCUAGUGUUGACUAGUAGAGGGGGCCACCCACUGCCUCCUCUGCACUUCCACAGAGGAGGAACCAGGGAACUUCUUAGGGCUCUGCAACAUUACAUCAUCCUGGACCAGUCACCAGUUGACGGGCGGCUCUUCCUUGCCUACCCGCAUGACUCAGGUGCCCUCUCUCAGUCCUUCGACAGGCUGCAGCUCCUUGAUGACGGGGGCUCCGAUCUUGUCUCGAGGUUUAUCCAGGACCCCUAUGCCACUACAUUCGGUGGAUUCUCCAAAGUCACCAAUUUCUUCAGGGCGGCCCUCCGGCCUCCUGAGUCCCCCGUCCACUUGCGUAGCGCUCAGGAUCCGAGCUUGCCCCCCCAGUCUGAUGAGGAGCCUGGAUUUGAACUCAUCACCUGUGGGGUAGAGCUCGGUCCCAGACCAGAUGUAACCAGGGGACCGCCUCUGGGCAAAUGGGAGGAGUUUCUGGACCCGGAGGGGCGCGUGAAGAACCCAGAAAAAAUCAAAGAGUUUGUGUUCAGAGGGGGCAUCAUGCCAUCACUAAGGAGGGAGAUCUGGAAGUUCCUCCUGGGCUUUUACCCAUGGAACAGCACCUUUAAAGAACGGGAGGACAUUGUGCGGGUCAAAACGGAUGAGUAUUUCAGAAUGAAGGUGCAGUGGAAGUCCGUCAGUGAAGAGCAGGAGAUGAGGAACUCCCUCCUCAGAGGCUACAGAAGCCUGAUAGAGAGGGACGUCAGCAGGACAGACAGACACAAUACGUUCUUCUCUGGGAGCGACAAUCCAGGACUGACUCUGCUUCAUGAUGUGCUGAUGACGUACUGCAUGUACAACUUUGAUCUGGGUUACGUGCAGGGGAUGAGUGAUCUCCUCUCUCCUCUCCUGUUCAUCACCCAGAACGAGGUGGAGUCCUUCUGGUGUCUGACAGGCUUCAUGGAGCUGCUGCACCAGAACUUUGAAGAGUCUCAGGAGGCCAUGAAACAGCAGCUCCUUCAGCUCAGCAUCCUGCUGAAGGCCCUGGACCCGGAGCUAUGUGACUUCCUGGACUCUCAGGACAGCGGCUCGCUUUGCUUCUGUUUCCGCUGGCUGCUCAUCUGGUUCAAGAGAGAGUUUUCCUUCGAGGACAUCCUCACUCUGUGGGAGGUCCUGUGGUCUCGUCUUCCAUGUGACAACUUCCACCUGCUGAUCGCCUGUUCAAUCCUGGAGUCCCAGAGGGGAGAGCUGAUUGGCUCCGACCACGACUUCAACACUAUCCUGAAGCACAUCAAUGAGCUGACGAUGAGGCUGGAUCUGCAGAGGGUUCUACGCGACGCAGAGGCAAUUUACCUGCAGCUGGUUCAGUGCAAGGAGCUUCCCCUCAAGGUGCAGCGGGUCCUGGGUCUCUACGUUCCCUCCAGCUCUGAGGAGGACAGCCCCGAGCACCAGGCCGGCGAGACGCAGCGCCUCCUCGGCCAAGCCCAGGCAGGAGCGGCCUCUUCUAAUUCAGCAAGCGGUCCAACUUACCCUUAAACCUGUAGCCGUGCUGGUGGUGGACUGACAGUGCAUAGGAUAUUUAUCUAUGAAGAAAAAAACCAUACAUAUUGUAUAUGAUCCGAUGAGAAGGAAGGAAGACUGUUUGGUGAGGACCGUUGUUAUGAUUUGUCAGAGGCAGGGGGCACUGUUGAGGUAUUUUUCUUUUAAUGUACCCAUGAAUUGUACAACCCGAGAUAUUUAAACACUAUAGCCGUCAUUGCAGUGCUCUUUUUUUCUUUGCCAUUGCUGUCCUCCUCCUUUCCCAGGACAGCGCGUCACCUGUUUACAUGUCCCGUGUCUCCGUCACCGUUCCCACUCUCCAUCCUCCUCCGGAUGCUGCUGUUGUACCCUUUUCACGAUUUAUUUAAUAAUUGUAUGCAUCCCUGCCUGUGUCUCUUCUUUUUACCUGUCCUUUCAGUGCUUUUUUUCGCGUUUGGUUUAGGUUUCCCCGCCGUCCCCCUCGCCACUGUUCCUGAAAAGGGAAGAAGAUGAAGUAUAAACUCACUGGCAGCACCUUGUUAGUACUGUAUAAUGCCAUUCCAGCCCUAUGCAAAGUUUUAUGCAUGCCUUAUAGUUUUCACAUGCGGCGUGGUAAUAUUUUAAGCCUUGUAAUUAUCUGUAUUAUGUCAUAGCAUUUUCAUCUGCUGAUUAUUACCAAAUAAACGGUUG